AGUGGUAAGGUUGGCAUCCCUGGCAUAGGUUGUCAUUUCAUCUGGUGUUCGCUUUUGUUAUUCUCGGUAUUUCCUGUGAAAAUGCCCUUUCAAUUGCACAAGGAGCUGAAGGAAGAGUGGCAGAAGCCUGCAAAGAACUUGAAGAAGAUCGGAGGUCUGCUGGACCAGCUGAAAUUGGCACUGACCAAAUUGGUUUUCCUGCCGACCAGCAAUAACAGUGCCUCUCAGAAUGAAUUGCUCGUGGCGCGAGAGAUUCUGGAAAUUGGGGCGGAGUACAGUGUCGCCGUGAAGGACAUUGUGGCGUUUGAGCGCUACAUGUCGCAACUGAAGUGCUACUAUUAUGACUACAAGAAUCUCAUCGCGGAUUCGCCCAAUAAAUACCAGCUGCUGGGACUCAAUCUCCUAUUUCUGCUCUCGCAAAAUCGCGUGGCGGAGUUCCACACAGAAUUGGAGCUCCUGCCGGCUGACAUAAUCCACUCGAACAAGUUCAUCCGCCAUCCGCUGGCUCUGGAGCAGUACUUCAUGGAGGGCAGCUACAAUAAAAUCUUCCAGGCAAAGGGCAACGUUCCCGCGGAGAGCUACAACUUCUUCAUGGACAUCUUGCUGGACACCGUGCGGGAUGAGAUCGGGUCGUGUCUGGAGCAGGCGUAUGAGAAAAUCUCCCUCACAGAGGCGUCGAAGAGACUCAACCUGAAGACAAAGGAGCAGGUGAAAACGUUCGGCGGUAAGAAGGGAUGGAAGCUGGGCGGAGACAAUUUCUACCACUUCGCCAACGAAGCGCCCAAGCCCAAGGAGCCAAUUCCAUCCGUCGAACUGGCCGAGCAGGCCAUCAUCUAUGCCAAGGAGCUGGAAAUGAUUGUCUAGUUGAGUGAAUCCAUAAAUCAUUUAUUUGAUAAUAUAAUUCUCUUAUCCUCCACAAA